AUCAAACUCCUUUCCAACCUAACCCCACCGUCGCUCGAACGCACAUGGCUCACAGCACCACACCCUAGCCUGCCCCUCGUCGCAACUUGCAGCUCUGACAAAACAGUUCGAGUCUAUUCAUUAACAAACUUUCGUCUCCUUUCUACUAUAUCCGGCGGUCACAAGCGAAGCGUCCGCACUUGCGCCUGGAAGCCGAAUGUGUCGGGCGAGAGCGUCAUCGCGACGGGAAGCUUCGAUGCAACUGUAGGAAUCUGGAAGCGAUGGGACAACUAUGAGGAAGCAGUGGCUGCAGAACAAGAGAAUGGCGAUAUCCCGCAACGAGCAAGAGAGGAAGACAGGGAGGAAGACGAGGAUGAGGAAUGGCGGUUUGCUGUUCUUCUAGACGGUCACGACAGCGAAGUAAAAUCCAUUUCGUGGUCUGCGUCCGGAAUGCUUCUUGCUACAUGCUCACGAGACAAAUCGAUCUGGAUCUGGGAGGAUCUUGAUGAUGGGGAUAACAACUUUGAAACUGUGGCCGUGAUGCAGGAGCAUGAAGGGGAUGUCAAGUGUGUUGCUUGGCAUCCUGCGGAGGAGUGCCUUGCGAGUGGGAGUUAUGAUGAUACGAUUCGGAUUUGGCGGGAGGACAUUGAUGAUUGGGGCCAGGUUGCAUGUAUUCGAGGCCAUGAAGGGACAGUUUGGAGUAUUGACUGGGAGAGUGUUGAUAAUGUGCCACUUCCUUCGCCGGAGACUGAAUCUAAGGAGGAAGAGUGGAGGCAGUGGCAUUCUCUUUCGGGGCCUCGCCUCGCAUCUUGCUCGCAUGAUCAAUCUGUUCGCAUUUGGCGACGUCAACCGAAGGCACAGAUGAGCGCACCUGGAGCAGACGCAAUACCAAGUAUUAUUCGGCCAUCCGGUACGGAUGAAACUUGGGAAGAGGACGCUGUCCUUCCGCAUUCACAUGAGCUCUCGAUUUAUGCGGUUUCUUGGAGUCGACGAACGGGCCUGUUGGCUUCUGCCGGUGCAGAUGGACGCAUUGUGGUUUACGAGGAAAGAUUCACGGCUCCAUCCCAGACUUAUAAUCAACCCAUGGAUAUUGAUCCCAAGCGCCCAAACUCUACUGAUGGGUGUUAUUCUCAACAUCCGCCCACUGAAUGGAAGAUCGUUGGGGUCGUAGAUGGUGCACAUGGAAUUUACGAAAUCAACCACGUUACAUGGGCCAAACGGGCUGAUCGGGGCCGAGAAGAAAAUAAAGAGGAAGAGUUGCUAGUUACCACUGCCGACGACGGGAGUAUCAAAGUAUGGGUGUUGACACGGUAA